AUGGCGAGCGCCGUAUCCCCGUAUCCACCCAAUCCUUCGGGAAUUGCCACCUCUGCUGGUGGGUGUUUGGAUCGCAGUGCCUCCAGUGCCAUUGGCGACGGCUCUGCUAGUGGCGAGGUCUGUAACGCCGCUGCUGCUUUCGCCAAGUUGGCCUUUUUCACCAAUCCCUCCACUCUGGCACAGAUCCCCUCCGUGUCCGGGCAGGAGGCGGCAGGGGCAGCUCGCGGGCUGCAGGGGCGGCACGCAGGCUGCAGGGGCAGCUCGCCGGGAGACGCCGCACUGGCAAGGGCAAGGGGGGCAAGGGCGCUGGAGGAGCUAGCGGGGGCGGUGGAGGCGGCGGUGGAGGCGGUGGAGGGGGUGGGGGUGGCGGUGGGGGUGGUGGCGGGGGUGGGGGCGUCAGUGGCGGCAGUGGAGGCGGAGGCGGCAGCGGCGGUGGCGGUGGGAGCGGAGGUAGCGGAGGUGGCGGCGGUGGAGGAGGUAGCGGCGGAGGAGGUGGAGCUGGUGUGUCCCAGCUUCUUCUUCUUCUUCGCACGUGCAGAGUCGGAAGCGGCGCCGCUCGCGGGACCCGCACUAUCACCCUCCGCCUGGCCGCGCUCCUGCGUGCUUGCGGCCGCGGCAGCAGCAGGCGUUUUGGCGGACUCAACGGCACUCGGCGCAGACUCUUCGUUCGGGGGUCCUUCCUGUCGCCUUGCCACCUCAGCUACGACCGCAGCAAUUGCAGUCGCCCCAAGCGGUGAGGGGGAUUCCGCCACCCUGCGCGCCAGAGAUUUAACCGACCCCGUCGGCCACGUUAGUCUCUGCCCACGUCAUCACCCCAAGUUCCGCAGCAGCGCCUGCCUCCACUAA